CAACACGUUGUGCUUAGCAGGUACAAGUACAACAAGUCGUACGCUUUCUCGAGUGUUGAUAACCUGUAGUCCACUUCUCCGCGGAAUUACAGACUUGGUAGAGCGCGUGGGCGGAUACUAAACAUUAAAUAGAUACAUUUAAACAGUUCUUGUUAUCUUCAUGCAAAGUUGAGAGAAGCCCGCCUCGAGCAGAUUGAUGAUUGAGAGACGCAUUAUUUUUUCGAGUGGGAUGGACUAUAUCUUUAAGAAUGAAAGGCCUGGAGCGUUCGCGUUGACAAUAUCUUUAAGAAUGAAAGAUACGAUUAUGCUGGCUGGAAGUGAAGUAAAAGCUGGACCGGGAUAUGAAAAGAUGAAAAUGUGAGACAAAUGAAUACUUAUGAAUGC